GCUGCCAGGCAGGAAGCAAGGUCAAAGUUCAAGGACAGUACUGACCUUGUGCAUAGGCUAUUUGUCUGUAUAUCAGGUGUGGCCGAUCAGCUACAAACGAACUACGCCAGUGAUCUUAGACACAUUUUGAAGGUGGUUUUUGAAUCUUACUCGUCAUCAUCACUGGACGACAAUAUCUCAACAGCAGCAGCAACAACAACAACAACUUCUACUUCUUCCAACACUACAACUAGUAUUAACAAUACUGCAAACACCAAUGGGAGUUUGAGAAUAUCACAAGAACCGCCAGCCUGGUUGCCCGACGACUCGUCUUCUCAGUGCAUGUCCUGCAAGGUUCUUUUCACGUUCGUCCGUAGGAGACAUCAUUGCAGAAACUGUGGGAAGAUCUUCUGCAGUAACUGCUCGUCCAAUAGCGUUCCACUUCCUCAUUUCGGCCACCAAAAACCAGUUCGAGUCUGUAACUCCUGUUUCCUCUUUCACGUCAACCCGUUC